AUGGAGGAUGAUGUAUCUCCAUAUGACGACGAAUUUGCUGACCAUGUUUCAAUACCUUCUCCGUCAAGAUGUAUUGAGGAUCUACUCACAGAUGUUGCAGAUAUUGGAGUGUCUUCUUUCAAUGAAGCUUCCCUGACUCGCCAGGAGGAUAAGGGCGCCAAAGAGGAGGGCGGAAGCAAAAAUGAAGCUGCAACAGAAAUGCCUUCACUGGGUAAAAGAGAACGGGUCAGUGACAUUUCGACCAUGGAAGCGCCUAAACGAGCUCGUUUGGAGACCAAUUUGGAUUCAACCGAUUUGCAGGCAGGAUCAAAAUCGAAUAUUGAUCCGGAAGACGCUUUAUCACCUUAUGGUGAUGAGGUGGAUUAUGAAUUUACGCCUUCACCACCAGAAGUUAAAAACACGGAUGAAAAUAUCGAUGUUCGCUCAGAUAGUGGCACAGGAUGUUCCCGAAACGAGAUACCUAUUGUAGCCAAGUCAUUUUUGACCGAUCGCAUAAUAGAUAUCGUGAAGACAUUCGAUCGUCGCCAAUUUAAAUCGGCUCAAGAAGAAGUAUCAAAAUAUUGCCAAUGUCUAUCCGCACUCGGGUUUGACACAUCUGAACUGGAAAGGCGCAUAAAGCCCAUAUUCGAUCAUGCAGAAGUCAUUGAAGAGCUAGUAUCAAGUCCAAAUUUUGUUCCAUUUGUUCGAGUAAUGGAUGCUGGUGAUAAUUUGGCGUUAAGUCAAAGGAAACUUGCUUCCCACAUGGCUACCAAGGAUUCUCUCCUUCAAGCUACUAGAAACGUCUCUUUGCAGCUUCAACAAACCAGAGAGAAAAUAAAAGAACUAGAAGAGAGCAUAUCACAUUUGAAGAGCACUGAAGCGGAGCUAUCACUUCAACUGGAAGUGGCCGAUGAUUCUUUGAAGAAGCUACAACCGUCACAGGAAGAGCUGCAACAGGAUGUUGUUAAUGCAGAAAAGGAGCACGCUGCAGCCACUGAAGUUUAUAAUGAUUCUAAAGAGUCCACUGGUCUUCGAGAAUUGAUAGAAUUGUUUGAGGAGCGUCGUCAAAUACUUGAGAUUUGA